AUAGUAGGAGGCUUGUAUUUCUAUAUAAAGUCAUGUAAGGCUAUUUCCCUUGCAUCUCUGGUCUAGUAUUAAUUUGUUCCUACUUCAUAUUAGUUGUUUCCUUUUUAAUUAAGAGAUGGCACUAACUGGUAAACUUAGCACUGAAAGUGCAAUCCAGUCACCAGCUUCAAAGUUCUUUGACCUCUUGGCAAAGAAACUCCACCAUGUUCCAAACGUCUGUGAAAGAGUGCAUGCUGCCAAGCUUCAUGAAGGUGAUGACUGGCACAGCGUCGGUGGUUCGGUCAAACACUGGACUUAUGUCAUAGACGGUAAAGUAACUACAUCCAAAGAGACUAUUGAAAGCAUUGAUGAGAAGAACAAAAUAGUCAUAUUCAAACUCUUUGAUGGAGAUAUCGAUCAACGCUACAAGGCCUUUAAGGUUAUUUUUCAAGUAAUUGAGAACAAUAAUAGAAGUGGUUCGGCUAAAUGGACAGUUGAAUAUGAGAAGGUCAAUGAUGAUGUUGAAGCUCCAUAUGGCUACAUGGAAUACUUUGACAAGUGUAGAAAAGAAAUGGAUGCUCAUCUUCUCCAGGCAUAAUAAUAAUAAUAAUAAUAAUAAUAAUAAUAAUUGGGUAUAAAGUUAAUAAAGUGUGUUGACUGUGUGCUCAUCUUAAUAAUAAUAAUAAUAAUAAUAAUAAUAAUUGUUAGAAACAAGAGACAAAAUGGAGGAAUGAUUUGUAUAUUAUUGAGUGUAAUCAAAUUUUCUAUUCAAGUUGUCUGGAA